GCCCGGUUGCCAUGGCUCCCGGGCCGCAGCCCCGCGGCCGGAAGAACUGGCGGAGUCGGAGAGCGCCGCGGCCGCGGGCACCCAGGGCCGAGCCCCGGGCUGGGCACCCCGGCGCCCCGCAGGUGCCGCUCGGGACCCAUGCCACCCCCUUGCCCUGAUGUCUGACCCACAGCAGAAGGCAGCUGCCUGCAGCAGGUUAGACGUGGAUGGACGCAGGCUGGGAUGGAUCCUGUGGGCCGCGGCCAAGCUCAGCCAGCGUCCAGGUGCGGGAGCUGAGCUGGCAGGGCCUGCACAACCCCUGCCCUCGCAGCAAGGGCCCGGGCGGCCGCAGGGGCAGCCAUGGGGAGCAGCUGGUGGAGAAGCACCUGUCCCCGGCCCGGCUGCGAGCCCUGGCCGGGGAGGACGACCUUCAGCUGGUGCGGGUGCUGGAGAUGUGCGUGGACACGCGGGAGAGCAGCCUGGGGAACUUCGGAGUGCACCUGCCCAGCCUGAACCAGCUGAAGUUGAAUGGCAGCCGGCUGGGCUCCCUCAGAGACCUGGGCUCCUCCCUGGGCCGCCUGCAGGUGCUGUGGCUGGCCCGCUGCGGUCUGGCUGACCUGGACGGCGUCGGCUCCAUGCCAGCACUGAAGGAGCUGUUCGUCUCCUACAACAACAUCUCGGACCUGAGCCCGCUGUGCCUGCUUGAGCACCUGGAGGUGCUGGACCUGGAGGGCAACAGCGUGGAGGACCUGGGGCAGGUGGGCUACCUGCGGCUGUGCCCACGGCUGGCCACGCUCACCCUGGAAGGCAACCUGGUGUGCCUGCGGCCGGACCCCGGCCCCGCCAGCAAGGCGCCCCCGGGCUACAACUACAGGGCCGCGGUGAGGCGGCUCGUCCCCCAGCUGCAGCUGCUGGAUGAGGUGCCGGCCACCCACACGGGCCUGCCGGCCCCUCCGAAGCUGGACCAGGACUGGCUCAUGGUGAAAGAAGCCAUCAAGGAGGCCAGCGUCCUGCCCUGGCUGGAUGGACACCAUGGAGCUGCUGUGCAGAGCCUGGACCUGGAGCUGUCCCUGUCCAGGACCCGGCCCUGGGCCCCCAGGCACCUGCCCUCCUCCUCGCUGGUCCCUGAGGGCCCCUUGGCUGACGGCCUGCCUGCUGAGGAGCUGGCCCCAGACGACCACGCCAGCAACCUCACCCUCGGUGCCGGCCGAGUGCUGUGCGGGAACCCCACCAGAGGCCUGUGGGAGCGCAGACAGCAGUGCCAGGUACCACCUGCCCCUGACGGUGGGCUGGCACCCAGCCCCCCACACCCACCAGGGGGGCUUCCCCAAGCAGCUUCAUCUCUCCAGGCCUGGACUUCCCCGGAGCAGCCGCCCCAGUGCAGGCCAGAAGAGCCGGCCGCCGGCACCCCCAGCCCAAGGCCUGGGCCUCAGCCCCAGAGACACCCUGGGCUGUGUCACCCAGCACCCAAACCAUGGCACCUGCCGUCCCAGCAGAGAGGAGCUGCAGCCCCCCGGGGCCCGUGGAGGGUCCCUGAGCAGCAGGACGGCCAGGCUGGACCCAAGACUUCCUCCAGCCCCCUGAGCCCAGCCUCAGAGCCUUCCAGGAGCCUUGGCGGUGACCUGACGCCUUCUCCCCCCAAGCACCCACCUGGCCACCCUCCAGGGUCUGCAGGCCUGCCAUUCAGGGGGCGGCGGCUCCGAGCCCUGACCAGCCUGGGGCCUGGCCUGGGGCCGGGAAUGGCUACAGUGACUGCCCUGAGGGCCCUGGAGGUGGCCUCGGGCCCAGGACCCCCAUGCCCAGGACGUCCAGACCCACAGGCGGCACCGGAUCCGGCAGCCAGAGCCCGGGGCCUCCAGUGCCUGCGGCCCCUGAACCCCAUCACUCCGGCCCCUUCCCGCCCUUAGUGCAAGCCCUGCCCUUGUGGGAGCCGCUCGCAGAACCCGGAGCACCUGGGCAGGUGUGUUGGGGGCAGAAGGUGGGUCUGGAGGGGCCCCUCCUGGAGGAGGGGGCUGCCGGGAGGCGGCAGAAGCCAGGACCAGCUCGGGUCCCGGCUGCCCAGCCGCCCAGCCCUCCCCCUGGCCUGCCUUUGUCCCAGGUUGCCGUGGCCUUGCCUUGGGCCCCUGCCCCCCAGGGUUUGCGAGGUGCCUUCCCUCGGCGCAGAGUGCCAGGAUCCAAGAGAUUCCAGCUCUGGGUGGAAAGAAGUGUAAGGUUUACUGUGCAGGCAACGCUGGCUCAAUAAACAGGCCCCGGGCACGUGUGCCUGGCGCUAGCGCCGCC